AUGAAACACACGUUCUCAUCAUUGAGUUGGAAUAGGCUGGAAUCUCAACGAGAAGGUUCUUGGCGUCCAUGUGGGCUCACUUAGCCACUUCGCUCAAUUGAGGAGCAAUAAUACACUCCAUGCCGUCAGAUGAACCGAAGCGGGACCAACGAAGAGGCCCGCAUAAGGUUCGUUUGAGCGAGCAUGAUCGCCCGACGCCGCCCUUCGCACGAGAACCCAGGCGUGUAAACCUACUCGUCCCGGACUUGCCUAUCUACGGCGCUCCCCACGCCCCAGCACGCUGCACUAUCUGAGCCCAGCAUGCUUUCAACGACUCGCCUACCAGACUCUGUUAGAUCCUCACUUUGAUCCCCUCUUGAUCCUAGCCCGAGGACACAGGCCACUAUCCCUUUCCUGCUUGUGACACGCGAAAUGGAACACGCACCGUAUGAAGCCAAGGUUCGUGCAAUCAAAGCGAAGCUCGAAUCCCAGAUACCAAAGUCGUUACGUCUUCCCGCGUCGACGCUCAACAACUUGCCUCUCGAUGUGACCUCGAUCCCGCGCACGUGCGGGCUCCUGACUGAGGCCGAGCUAACGAUCACGGAGCUCGACGCAACUGGCGUUCUAGAAUGCAUUGCUGCAGGCAAGCUCAGCGCCGUUGACGCUGUGACGGCCUUUGGAAAACGCGCAGCUAUCGCGCACCAGGUGACCAACUGUCUCGUCGACUUCUUCCUCGAAGAUGGCAUCGCUCGUGCCAAGGAGCUCGACGCGCAUUUCGCGCACACCGGGACCGUCGUCGGCCCUCUGCAUGGUUUGCCGGUGUCUAUAAAGGAUCACCAGUUGCUUGCGGGGAGGAAUGCUUCCGGCGGCUUCUUGUCCAGCUUCCAAAUCGCGAAGGAGGACUGUCAGAUGGCCAAGAUACUGAGGAGCCUCGGGGCGGUGUUCUAUGUCAAGACGAACCAACCACAAUCGAUUAUGACUCUCGAGUGUCACUCUUUUUAUGGGCGAACCGUAAAUCCUUACAAUUCGAACCUCUCGAGCGGGGGAUCGUCAGGGGGCGAGGGUGCCCUUGUCGCUAUGAAAGGAUCAUGCAUGGGUGUCGGCAGCGAUAUCGGCGGCUCUAUUCGCUGUCCCAGUGCGCACUGCGGGAUUUAUGGUAUGCGUCCGACGUCGUUGACCCAACCUAUGGUUGGUUACCUGGGAUACAUGCACGGGCAGGACGGCGUCGACCCGUCGACGGGGCCGAUGUGUGCUUCGGCCCGUGACAUGACCACGUUCAUUCAGGCUGUAAUUGGUACAAAGCCAUACUUGGACGAUCCGAGCCUUAUACCGCUCUCCUUUGUACCUCCGGCCGACAUUGGCGCUCGUCCGCUACGAGUCGGCAUAAUGAUGCACGACGACGUCGUCAUGCCACAUCCGCCAACGCUUCGCGCUCUCAAAGCAGCCAAACACAAGCUUGAAGCCGCACCAGGCAUCGAGCUAGUGGACUAUGUGCCGUAUAAGCAUGAUGAGGGUGUCAGACUUGCGCACGAGUUAUACUUCCAAGACGGAGGGAAGCGCGUGCACGAAGUCCUUGAUUCCACCGGCGAGCCGAUAUUACCGUUGACCGAAUGGGUCAUUGCAUCCGACAAAGUCAAGGAUCAUGACGCACAAGGCAUAUGGAAGCUAUUCUACGAUCGCAAUGUUUACAGGCAGCAGUACUCGAGUCAUUGGAACGCAUCCAAUAUUGACGUGCUCCUUUGCCCAACUUUUCCUGGCGUAGCCGCCAGACACGAUACCUCGAAAUAUUGGGGGUACACAUCGAUCUGGAACAUCCUCGACUAUCCCGGUAUCGUAUUUCCCAGUGGACUCCAUGCAGACCCAGCCUUGGACCCAAUUGAGUCAAGCUACAACCCCGUGUCCCCGUCAGACGCAUACAACCACACGCUUUACGAUCCAACCAUCUUCGCUGGAGCGCCUAUCUCGUACCAGUUGGUCGCGAAGAAAUACAACGAUGGGAUACUCCUCGCCGCACAAAUGGUUGUCGAGGGAAUAUUGCGAGAUAUGGUUCCAGCUUCGCCGAUUUAUAAGUUGUGAUACCAACCAGUUUUUCGCCAGAGGUCGAUUAUGCUCCUGUAAAAUACGUAGACCCGAUUGUCCUGACUGUACAUUAGCUUUUUUGAUAUGCAUGCUC